GUGCCGUGUCCGUCCGGGCAGCGCGUCUGGCGCGUCGUGUCGUCCGGACGUCGUUUGGCGCGCUCGCGCGGUGCGGCCAGCGCGAGUGACAGUGCGGAAAGUGACAGUGACAGUGUCAGUGACAACCCAGUGCGUCAGUGUGGUCGUCGGAUAGAUUCACUGUGAGGAUUGAUACUUUUCACGACCGUGUGUGUGUUUUUAGUGUGUAGCCAUAGUUGUGCGCCAGGACGCGUUCGUAGUGUACCCGUUUUUAUUUUCUUCAAAAUUUGACCCAGUGCUGCUUAUUUCUCUUAGAGUUUUGUUUUGAUUAGUGUUUUGCUGUUUUGUUCUGUGCUAUCAUUUCUCGGCUCGUUCGCGGCCUCGAGUUUCCGAUUUGUUGCUUUGCGCGCUGUUAGUGUGUGACCGUUUGGAUUUAUUGUUGUGGCUUCUGAGGCUCCGAGCUCGCUCACCCGGCGCAUAGGAUAACUGUUCAUGUGAGUUCAGGUGUGACGUCGAACCCGCGGAACGGAUACACUCUCUUCUGUGAGCGGGGACGCGGGUCGAGCUGUCGUUGUCGUCUUCAACUUUUUGGGGGCGGAUGCGACGAAGCCCCCGCAUCCCGGCCGCGCCUCUCCUUCUCGACCCCGGCAGCCCUCCCGGACGGACCGUCAUCUGCCUCCCCAGGCCGCCGUCAACGUCGUCAACGCCAUCCUCGUGACAGCCAUGGAAGUGCGCGAGUGUUCAGUCAAGUGAAAUUUUUUUUUAGUGAUACAAGCAAUCCAGUGAUACAAAGCCAAAGUGAUAAGUCCGCGGCCGCGAUGCCGCAGUGAGUGCCGCGAGUGCAGUGAGUGCGAGUGAGUGCUUUUCCCGUCUCCUCGCCGUGCGACCCCCAGACGGGUCGCGCACCCCUGCCGCCACCAUUGCGGAGCUGCAGUACUUCCCCGUGGACGAGCCCCACGGCCACGGCGCCGGCCUCGGCGCCCCCACCAAGAUCGAGUCCCAGUCCGUGUGCGACUCGGUGGCGGAGGGCAUGAGCUCGUACUUCGCCAACGCCUACAUGCCGCCCCACACCGACAUGAGGAACGGGGGCGUGAGCUCGGAGCACCCCCACCAGCACCAGCACUACGGCGCGGCCGUGGCGGGGCCGCCCAUGGACCCGUGCGGGGUCAACGGCGACAUGCGGCAGGGCGUGGUGCCCCCGCACGGGCCGCCGCACCACUACCCCACGACGGGCGGCCACCCCCAGGGCAUGCCGUACCCCAGGUUCCCGCCGUACGACCGCGUGGACAUCCGGAACGCGGCGUACUACACGGCGCAGGGCGGCAUGAUGGAGGACACGGGCUACCGGCCCAACUCGCCCUCACCCAUGCAGCACAUGCAGCACGGCCCCCACGGCCCGCCCAACGGCCACCAGACCGCCGUGGCCCCCGUCGUGUACGCCAGCUGCAAGCUGCAGGCGGCGGCCGUGGGUCCCGGGGGCGUCAUCGGCGGCCCCGUCAGCCCGCCGCUGGACGCGGGCAUGAACUCCCACAGCCACCACCAACAGCACCACCACAUGGUGAACCACCAGCAGCCGCCCCCGCCGCCCCACCAGGCGGUGCAGCAGCCGCCGCCCCAGGCGCAGCACCAGCAGCAGCAACAGCCCCCGCAGCCCCAGCACCACCCCCAGCAGACGCCGCCGCACCACAUGAUGUACAACAACGUGAACCCGGCGGUGAACGGCGGCGGCAUGCCCCCGCACCCCCACCACCAGCAAGUCAUGUCCCCUCACCAAGCACCCCCUCAGGGGCCGCCCCCCUCGGCGCAGCAGCAGCAACAGCAGCAGCAGAACAACAACAACAGCUCGCUACCGUCGCCGCUGUACCCGUGGAUGCGGAGUCAAUUUGAUAAACACAACGGCUCCGGAGACUAUGAGCGGAAGCGGGGUCGACAGACCUACACGCGGUACCAGACGCUGGAGCUGGAGAAGGAGUUCCACUUCAACCGCUACCUGACGCGGCGCCGGCGCAUCGAGAUCGCGCACGCCCUGUGCCUCACGGAGCGACAGAUCAAGAUCUGGUUCCAGAACCGGCGCAUGAAGUGGAAGAAGGAGAACAAGACCAAGGGCGAGCCCGGUUCCGGGGACGGUGACGGUUCAGGCGAACUAAGCCCACAGACUUCGCCUCAGUGAGAUGAGGCCCCGGAAGAGCAUACGUUGUUCUUCCACCACUUUUAGUCAUUCUUCAUGAUAGUCACCUUGGCGACACCCGCGGUGUCGGUGUCUGUGUGUGUGUGUAUGUGUGUCUGUGUCUCACCCAGUGGCCACAAGGACGGACAAAUGCUGCCUUCGGUGGCCGCUAUUUUGUGCAGGACGCUUUUCAAGAGGAGCCCGUGAAAGUGAAUGUGUGAAUGAGAGAAUGGGAGCGUGAUUCGCUGCGAAACAAAGUGAUAUUUCUACUUCUUCUCGUUUUUAAGCAGGUCGGGCACGGUCCUAGUGUUUCGGCCGUGCCUGCUAGUGAAAUAAAUGGAUGUGUUCUUUUUUAUCCGAGUCGUAUGCAGCCCCAGUAUUCAAUAAUGCCAGCUUGCGCGUAAACGAAUAGGUUGAUUUGGUCAACCGUUAAUUUUAACGCACUUCAUAGUGUAAAUUUGGCGCAAAUCACGGGAUUUGCAAGAGUCUUCUUUAUUUGAAUUCCCAUUGUUUUCUCUCUUGAAUCUCUGUUGGGCUGUCCGGUUCGUAAGGAAUCGAAAGAAAAAUAAACACUCGAAAAAUGAGAACACAAUCAUUAUAAGCGAGUGUCCUCGACUCUCACUCGUUCUUUUCACGCUUCUUGCUCUUGACUACACUCUCCUUCUCUCAAAGAAGGUACCUCAACCAAAGAAAUUAUUUUACGGUGUAGUUAUAGGAGGUGAGCACAUUGUGAUUAAGGUGGUAAUAAAAUUGCGGUGUGCUUCUAUAUCGGUGCAAUGAAGCGAGUGAUUUCGUGUUCAAUUCUUAAAACGGGUGCACUUUAUGUAAAAAUUGAACAGUUAUUUGGAAAACUUCUUCGCUGGCCUGGUUGGUGGUACCCUGGAUUAGCCACCUCCAGAGCCCCGGCGUUGGAGUUAGGAAUCCAGUGUUGCGUGUGUGUGCUCAAGCUGGACUUCAACCCGCCCCACCCGGCCGGACAACCAUGUGAGUAUUAAAACCGACUACCUGAAGGAGACUCUUGCAAGUGCCUAGCUGCGUAUACGUAUCUUACCCCCUCGUUGUUGAGUCCCAAAAAUUAGGUGGUAGGAUGGCAAGGGUCUUUACGUAGACAUUUAAGUCAACAACUCGGGAGCUUUGGCUGUUUCAAUAACCUCAAAUACGUAAUUAAAGUGAGCGCUGAAUACGUAAUAAUUGUCCGCUGUAUUGUCGAAAAGAGCAAAUAUAUGUAUGUAUUUUUUUCAAUGCUUUAAAUUUUGACGUUUAAGUGUACAAGUAAUGUGUUAUUUGCGUAAAUAAGGAUAGUUAUUCUAUGUGUUGUAGUAAAUUUUUAAAAAACGAGAAAAUGAAUUCGCUAUUAAAAGUUAGCAAAUUAUUUGGUUUUUGCCAGUAACUCAAUUGAAAGUGAAUUUGGCGCUGCGGUGGGAGAAAAAGAACUCCAGUUCAAUGGGAAAAUUUCGGUGCUUAUAAGUUUUAGAAGUGCAGGGGUAAGUUGCUUGUAAAAUUCGUGCAUUGCAUAUCUUAGCUAAAGAAGGAAAAUGGUUGCCCUUCUAUUCGGUCAAACGCGUGCCAAAAAUACAUUUCAGUUGAGUUAUCUGUGUUUUUGUUAAAGCCCCGGUCACGGUGGCAAACAUACCACAGUUCCUAGGACUCGCAAAGUGUCAACAUUAAAUACUUUAUUCGUACAUACAUUCUUAAAAUUAUGUUGUCCUGCGCAUCCUUUAAAGGGCAUGUCUGUUAUAUUUGUUAAGUGUUGCCUGUUUUCCCUCCACAAAUUUGAGAAAGUCCAGUAUGGACGAUUCCCCCACGGCGUGCGGGGGAGGGUGGCGGUGCCCUCGUGCGAGUGUAGCGCCUGCUGGGUAGGCAGAGGGUGGCGGGCGAUUGGCAAGCCUGGGCCGCAGCAGCCGAGCCACCCCCGCACGCCCUGGUCUUACGUACGGAAUCGCCCCUUUUAAUUGCCUCACGUAAGGAUCUUUGCAACACUGAUUAAUUUAAUUGAGUCACUCAUUUUCGGCCUACUUGAAUGAUGAGCCCAAAACCAGAGCCGGAAAUAAGUAAAACAAAUAUCGUUCUUGCGUAAGCUGGAAAGACUGACCUCUAUAGUCUAAAGUAUGCCAUAUUAGGGUAUAUGAUGUGUAACACUCGGUACCAGUUAAUACAUUAUACAGAGCCAUGUGAUAUUUUAUGUCGUACAAAUAGUGUCGGAAGGCGCCCUACCGACGGUUUUCUCCUACUCUAUGCACUCUGUACUCUUUGUUCAAUCGACAGCACUAGUGGUAUGGUUUGAAGUUUUAGGGAACAGUUUGCAGUAACAUCCCAUGGCGGUUAGUGUGAACUGAGCUCUUUUAUUUUCACAAUCGUUGUAGAAUCAAUUUUGUUUCGCUGUCACAUUUGUUUGAAUUAAUAUACACAAUAAUGUGCUUCUAGUCCUUCAUUGUACAUAUGUAGCGUUUAUACUUACUUAGAUGUAAAAAUUGUACCACAGGGUGUACAAAACCUAUUGCUGUGUAUAUGUCCGUUUUUAUUUUUUAUAUUAAAUUGAGCUUUUGGAACACCCUGUUCUUGUUUUGUUUUCCGAAUGGUACAUAGUGCAUAGGAGCAGAGGAAACGAGGAAGUCAGGUUCGUUUCCAGUAAUGUCACGUCAUGUAUACGAACGCUUCUGUCGUAAUUCUGUAAAAAAAUUGCAACUGGUUUGUAGGUAUCUUGAUUUUAAACUUUAUGCUCAAUAACUUUUACGCCAGAUUGGAUAUUUUUAAAAGGAUUUCGAGUAUUACUGACGUGCUACAACCCCCUUUAAAUACCUCAAUACGAUGUACAUUAGUUCUAUUUAUGUUUGUAGUAUAUAAUGAAGGGGUUGUCAUACUCUUGGCGUUGAAAAGUGCAAACUUGUUUAAAUUGUUUUGUUUUGAACACUCUGAUAGAACACACCUAUAACUCAUUAAUUUAUUAUUGUAGACAUGUACAUUUAGGAUAUAUCUAGUGUCCGGUUUUAAUAAAUAAAUAUAUAUAUAAAUAUAUGCAAAUUCUAUAUAUAUAGUGACGAUGCGUGUAUGUAAAGAGAGUAUGUCCCGAUUCGAAAGCCUCAAUCGUGUUUGAGAUCAAAGUGAAACAAUAAAAUAUGGUUGAAUAUGAAACGCA